UAUGGUGGGAAGUUCGUUUGGCUGUGAUUGUGCGUUCAGAAGUAGCGCUAGUAUAUAACAAAAAGUGAUGUUUACAUAGUUUUAAAAAGAGAAUUAUUUUAAAAAUGUACACAACAAACAUUGUUUUUAAUCAUUGAUAAGAUAGUAACUUUAAAAGAAAUAUAAUUUAAAUCAAAUCUCAUGAUGAAAUCCGCAUUAAUUUUUCUGAUAUCCGCACUCUCCGCGGUUGUCUCUUAUGCAAAUGCAAAUCAACUGAUCUUACCGCACCCCGUAACAAUUUGGACAGCGAAUUUUACGCCGUAUAAAUUGGAAAUGCAUAUGGGGACAAGUGCAGUGGUUCUAUUAGAAAUCUCAAAUGUCUAUGUCGAGAAAGAUACGAGCUUCCAGCUUCAUAGUGAAAAACCAGAUUUAGCAUAUGUAGAGCAUAUUAUACAUGCGUCCGAUAUAGAUCCAUUUACAAAAUCGUGGCGUGGAAAUGUGACAAUCAAUGCUAUUUUCAUGGGUGGAACACGUGUUUAUGUGGAAUUAACAAACAAUGAAACCGGUUAUAAAGAACGAAACGCUGAAAGCUUAGAGCUUGUCAUUACACGACGUAUGCGUGUUAUUGAUCACGUUUUUACAGGAUCUGUGGCAUUACUAGUUUCAUUACUUUAUAUCAAUUUUGGUGCAGCAUUAGAUGUACAUGUGUUACGAGGUCUUAUGUCACGCCCUGUCGGUCCAACAAUUGGGUUUAUGACACAGUUCAUUAUUAUGCCACUAUUAAGUUAUGUGCUGGGUUAUUUAAUCUUUCCCGAUUCUGUUGAAAUGCAGUUAGGUCUAUUUUUUACUGGUGUAUCGCCAAGUGGCGGCGCUUCGAAUAUAUGGGCUGUUAUUUUGGGUGGAAAUAUCAAUCUUUCGAUACUGAUGACUACAAUAAGUAAUUUUGCUGCUUUUGGCAUGAUGCCUUUAUGGCUAUUUACCUUGGGCCAUGUUAUUUUUGAACGUGGCAGCAUGAAGGUACCGUAUACAAAUAUAGCAACAUUUGCAAUUUGUCUAGUAGUGCCACUAGGAAUUGGACUGUUAAUACAACGAUACGCUAAGCGUUUGGCUGGUAUAUUAGUUCGAUUGUUGAAACCGAUUUCUUCUUGUUUAAUUUUAUUCAUUAUCAUUUUCGCUAUCGUUACUAAUUUAUAUAUAUUCAAACUUUUUUCAUGGCAGAUUAUCGUCGCUGGGUUAUCACUUCCGUGGCUUGGCUAUAUAUUUGCAUGGUUUGUAGCUAAAGCUUUACGACAGAACACUGUAGAUGCACUUACAAUAGCGAUUGAAACUGGAAUACAGAAUACCGGAAUUGCUAUAUUUCUACUCCGCUUUAGUUUACCACAACCACAAGCUGAUUUGACAACUGUUAUACCCGUCGCUGUGGCUAUUAUGACACCUUUUCCGUUAUUGGGUUUAUAUAUAUAUAAGCGGUGCACUAGAAGAAUUAUUAAAGACGGAUUGCCAGAACAGCAGUAUAUCGUUGAGCAUAAUUAGGUUAUAAGUAAGAAUUAUACAAGAUAUAUACAUUUUUUAUAUUCUCGGUUCUUAAGUGUUUUUUAUAAUAUGUAUAUCAUGUAGAACAAAAAUGAAACGGAAAAAAUUACAUAAAAUUUAGUGUUCCGUUGCUUUAAAUUGCUAGUAAAUAACAACCAUAUACGGUUUUUAACGCCUUAUUUAUUACUAUUUUUAUG